AUGGAAGCUGCAAACUUUGGAAAGAAGAAAAUCUUGUGCUUACAUGGAUUCAGAACCAGUGGGAGCUUUCUCAAAAUGCAAAUUAGCAAAUGGGAUCCCUCAGUUUUUGCUCCCUUUGUCCUGGAUUUCCCGGACGGUAUUUACCCAGCAGGAGGGAAAUCCGAGAUUGAGGUCAUAUUUCCACCCCCUUAUUUUGAAUGGUUUCAAUUCAGUAAGGAUUUUACGGGGCAGACAAACUUGGAAGCGUGUAUAGACUACUUGUGCAACUACAUGGAGACAAAUGGUCCAUUCCAUGGGCUUUUAGGCUUCUCUCAGUUUUCCAUAAGGGGCUGCAUUAUCAUCACUUCUACUUCAUAUCAAGCACAAGGAAAGAUACUGAAGCAACAUCCUCCUAUAACCCUGUUUGUAUCCAUAUCCGGGUCGAAAUUUAAGGAUCCAGCCAUAUCUGAGGUUGCUUACAAAGAGCUCAUCAAGGUUAGGUCAGUUCAUGUUGUUGGCGAGAGAGAUUGGCAAAAACUGCCUUCUGAGGAGCUGGCUGCAGCAUUCGACCGCCCUUUGAUCAUACGCCACCCUCAAGGCCACACCGUGCCUCGCCUAGAUGAAGAGGCUGUUGAGAAGGUCUGUAGCUGGAUUAGGCAUGGUGUAGUGUUGCACCGGAGCAUCAAUGUCAGAAUCAAACACGAAAACAGGAAAAAGACCAAGAAUGGAGAAAGGAGUUGGCUGAAGGGAAAACUGUGA